UAGAGAAGGGCAUCUUCAUCUUCAAUUUCAAAACGAUUUUGUUCAUCUCCUUCAUGUUUCCGACAAUUUCUCAGCCGGAAUUUUUGUUCCACACUUGUUCAGACAAAGCCAAUUACACCGCCGGCAGCCCUUUCAAGAGAAAUCUGGACGCCGUACUUGCCUCUAUUUCCUCCAAUACCCAAGUUGAUUACGGUUUCUACAACGCCACCUCCGGUGAAGAUCCCGACAGAGCUACCGGUUUGGCUCUUUGUCGUGGUGGUGUUGCGUUGGAGCAAUGUCGAAGCUGUGUGAAGGACUCAACGCGUAGGAUUUCUGAAAGUUGCCCAAAUCAGAAAGAGGCAGAGGGAUGGUACGAGGAUUGUCAAAUUCGUUACUCGAAUAACGCUAUUUACGGCGUUGGAGACAGCAACGUGAAGAUGUUGUUUUGGAACACUCAAAGAGCGGAAGACCCGGAUGGGUUCAAUGAGGCACUCAGGAGUUUGUUCGAUCUGCUGCAGAGGGUGGCUGCGUCGGGGAGUUCUAUUCACAAGUCUGCUGGGGGCGACCAGAAGGUUCCAUUUCCCAGCACGUAUACCAUAUAUGGCUUGGUCGAUUGUUUUCCGGAUUUGUCUUAUUUGGACUGUUUUAACUGUCUCGAUCAACUUCAAGCAUCGUUUUUUAGUUGUUGCAACGGCAGCUUAGGUGCCAGACUAAUUGCCACUAGCUGUCAACUCAAUUUUGAAAUCCACCCCAUCUAUAUCUCGCUUUUGUCUCCGCCUCCGCCGCCUCCGCCGCCUCUGCCAUCGCCAUCUCCGCCUCCAAAACCCGGAAAUGAUGGCAAUACUGGUAGAGCUGUUGUAACCAUUGGGGUGGCCAUCGUUUCUGCUAUCACUCUCGUGGUUACCAUUUUCAUCGUUUUCAGAUUGAGGAAGAGAAAGAACAAAAGAGCAUUACACAAUUUCGGAGGCUUAGGUGCAUCUUUUGGAGACACCGGUGAUGAAAUGAGCAUUGUGGAGAUGAUUCAAUUUGAUUUUGGAAGCAUUAAAGAUGCAACGAAUGACUUCGCAAGUGAAAACAAACUCGGACAAGGUGGAUUCGGGGUUGUUUACAAGGGUAAGCUGCCAAACGGACAGCAUAUAGCAGUGAAGAGGCUUGCACAUAAUUCACAACAGGGGGAUGCUGAAUUCAAAAAUGAAGUCCUUUUGGUGGUCAAGCUUCAACAUCGGAACUUGGUUAGGCUACUUGGAUUCUGUUUGCAAGGAAGCGAAAGGCUUCUUAUAUAUGAGUUUGUCCCUAAUGGCAGCCUUGACAACUUCAUAUUUGAUUUAGGAAAGCAGACACGGUUAGAUUGGGAAAGACGAUACAGAAUCAUAAAUGGCAUUGCACGAGCACUUCUUUACCUCCAUGAAGAUUCUCGUCAUCGAAUCAUACACCGUGAUCUCAAAGCUAGUAAUAUUUUGUUGGACGAGGAAAUGAAUCCAAAGAUUGCUGAUUUUGGUAUGACAAGAUUGUUCGAAGUUGACCAGACUCAUGUCAAUACAAGCAGAAUUGUGGGAACUUAUGGCUAUAUGGCUACAGAGUACGUAAUACACGGACAAUUCUCUGUAAAAUCUGAUGUGUUCAGCUUUGGUGUUUUGGUUCUUGAGAUUUUAAGCGGUAAGAAGAACAAUUAUUUUCACGAGGGAGAGCAUUUCGAAGAUCUCACAAGCUUUGUAUGGACAAGUUGGAGGGCAGGAACAACUACAAGUAUCAUAGAUUCAACCCUUAGCGUUGGUUCAAGAAUUGAGAUGAUAAGAUGCAUUCACAUUGGACUAUUAUGUGUUCAAGAAAAUGUAAGCAAACGACCAACAAUGGGAUCAGUGGUUAUGAUGCUAGGUAGCUCUUCUCUCACUCUCCCAAUACCCUCUCAACCAGCAUUCUUCCUACAUAGUGCUACUAAUGAAUCCGACACCAAUGGAACUGAUUGUGAAUCCGUAUCCGUUCAACUUUCGAGGAAUGAAAUUUCAAUUACAGAGUUCCAUCCUCGUUAGAUCAUCAUCACCCACCUAUAUUAUUCCCUUCCUUCAAAGAGUUUACAAAAAAGUUACUAAUUAUUUUCGUGCAAUAUCUCUAGUUAAGGAU